CCUCAUUGCCGAGCUCACAGAUCGCAGCCCCAUCCAGCUUUUGCCCUCGUUCUCUGCCCCGCUGCGAGUCUCGCUCGAUGAAGCUGGAGCCGCUGCUCCCUCCGUCGACCCUUGAGGAGGCCCUCCAACCGUGCGACAACGCUGCGUCCAUCAUCACUUCGGCGGCGGCGCCGUUUGUCGUUGUGCACGUCAACGACUUUUUCUGCAAGGCGUCCGGGCUGGAGGCCGAGGACGCGCUCGGCAAGGACUGCUCGGCGGUGCCGGGGCGCGGCACAUGCCGCGGCACCCUCGCCAUGCUCCGCCAGGCGCUGCAGCUCGGCCGUGCCCACUUUUCGGUCGGCCUGCUCAACUACACGCAACGAGGCAGGCCAUUCAUGUCGACGCUGCGCGUGGUGCCGCUGCUCGGCGAGGGCGGAGACCCGGCGCACUUUCUCGCGACUGUCACCUCCCACUUCCUCAACGGCGGCGGCCCCGUCCCGCCCUCAGUCCAGCUCCAUGCCGAGCCGGCGCCGACUGCCGCGCUAAACAGCCUCGCCGCGCCAGCCGUGGCGGCGAUGCAGGUGCAGGAGCAGGCGGCGCGCGCCAUCUCGGCCGCCGGGCUGGCAGAGCGAGCUAACGACGGCUCCUCCGCCACCUCCUCCACCGCCUACCCAAACAGCGACGACGGCUCCUCGCCUGGAACAGACAUCCUCUCCCUCGACGGGAGCAGCAGCGGCGGCGGCGGCAGCGCCGCUGGCAGCGUCAACGGCAGCAGCAGCAGCGGCGGCGGCAGCAGCAGCGGCAGCGGCAACAGUGGCGGCUCCGGCGGGCGUGUCCCCCCCUUUCUGACCAAGCUGUCCGAGAUCCUGACGUAUGAGCCGCGGGAGCUGGCGAGCCUGGACGCGGGCGGCUCCUCCUUCCUCAUCCACGACGCCGCCCGCUUCGCCCGCGAAGUGCUCCCUCGCUACUUCAAGCACAACAAGCUCGGCUCGUUUUCGCAGCAGCUGCACACCUACGGCUUCCGGCGAAAGCAAGGGCACGCGGACAACACGCUCGCCUUCACGCACGAGCUGUACGCGGGCGACCCCUCCCCCGCCGCAUUCCUCGAGUGGAUCCGAAAGGGCGGCGCGCACGCCCUGGCCAAGCGAGACAAGGCGCCGCCUUACCCCGCGGCUGCGGCGGCGGCGGCUCCGGUGGCAAACGCGCCGCCCGCGCUGCUGCAAGGGCUGGCGGCGCUGCAGGAGGGGACGCGCAAGCUGGCGCUGAGCUUCCAGCAGGCCAAGAGCGCCGAGACGCUCCAGCUGCGCGCCGUCCUCGUCGAGCUCGUGCGGCGCGGCUGCAUCACAAACGAGCAGGCCUGCCGCGUCGGCACCAUCCACCCGCACGGCGGCGGAGGCACAGACGGCGGCGCCGCCCCCUCGCCGCCCAUCCCGGACGUGCUCUCCACGCCGUCCACCACCGCCGCCGUCGGGGGGCGCUUCGGCGGCUGGGGCGGCGUGCUGGGCGGGUUGCCCCUCAAGGCGAGCCGCAGCCUCUCCGCCGACGGCUUGCUCGCCCAGCUCGACGCGCUCGAGACGGGGCUGCCGCCUCUCUCUGCAGAGGGCGGAGGCGGCGGCGGCGGCCCCCCUGAUCUGCCGAUGCGGGAGGCGGUGUCGCUGAGCGGGCUGCGGAUGGAGAAGGCCCCGUCGGACCUUAAGGGCGACGAGGCGCUCGAGCUGUUUGCAGACGUCUCCGCAAAGUCGCCUCACCUGGGCGGCCUCGCGGGCCUGUCCUCGCUCGUCCCGCCCUUUGGCGAGGACGCUGGCGGCGCGAGCGCCGGCGGCCAGCUGCCGGGCAUCUCCUCCAUGCUGCCGCCCGCCGCGCGCCACCCGCAGCCGUACCCGGUCUGCUCGCCGUCGUGCCAUGCACCGCUCACCGCCGCCGCCGCAAGCUGCCUCUCGCCCCUCUCGCCGCUCGACCGGGCCGAGGCGCUCGCGCCGGAGCACCCCGCCGCCUUUUGGCGGGAGCGGCUUUCUGCGAGCGCCGACCCUGUCCAGCCGCGGAUGGCCCCGCCGUCAAGUGCGAGCCGCCGCCCGACAUCGACCGGCCCGCCAAGCGGCUCUGCACGCCUCCCCCAGAGCCGCCCGCCGCCGUCGCCGCCACCGUCGCGACCCUCUAGCCUCUCACUGCGCGCCGCCUCGAGCCGUGCCGGCGUGCUGCCAUUUUUGUUCGCGAGUUCAUGUCCCCAUUUGGCCUUGGGCUGACCGCGUCUCCGCCAGCUGCGCGGCGCGCUGGCGGCUGUACGCGGCACCUCUUGGCGUCCCCUGCGUUGCUGCCUCUCGUACGUCCAUGUGGAGAUUGGCCCCGCACGUGUCCGUUGCUGCACGUUGGCCCGGCACGGGGGGCGGUCGCGGAUCCCCCACGUUCCACCCCUCGCGAUCCGCCCGCCUUCCCCGGUCUCUGUCUUGUCGCUCAUUUUGGUUCAUGAAUGCAUCCCUUGGUUGUGUGCUGAGGGAGUUGUCGAUGAUUGUAUAGCCCUAGUUUAUGUUAGAAGUGCCGGAUGCCCGCCA